UUGACGCGGUGACUUGCGGAAGCUUGAGCUCAGAAAAAUUUCUAACCUCCCACGUUCAGUGAACGCAGCAUUAACACAUUCUCGAGCGCAGGCCACAGUACAUCAGUGGCGUAGGCUCUGAAACAGCAUUCCUUACGUAUUUUCACGAAUCUGCAGUAACGCUACAAUAACAAGAUGAUUAGUGAAAAAUACCCCAGGUCUUCUAUUGAAGACGACUUUAACUAUGGCACAAAUGUUGCUACAGCCAGCAUCCAGAUACGUAUGGACUUCCUCAGGAAGGUGUACACCCUCCUGAGCUUGCAGAUCAUCCUGACCACAGCCACCUCUGCCCUCUUCAUGUUUUCUCAUACCAUCAGGGAUUUUGUGCACGCCAGCCCUGCUGUGGUUUUGGUUUCGGCUCUGGGCUCUCUGGUUGUCCUGGUGGCCCUGGCCAUAUACAGGCACCAACAUCCAGUCAACCUCUACCUGCUGAUUGUAUUUACUCUGCUGGAGGCUGUUUCUGUGGCCACAGCUUUGACUUUCUAUGAAUACUCCACUGUACUACAAGCCUUGUUCCUGACCUGUGCCGUGUUUGCUGGACUGACAGCUUACACAUUCCAGUCCAAGAGAGACUUCAGCAAAAUGGGAGCAGGACUGUUCGCCUGCCUGUGGAUCCUUAUCAUUGCAGGCUUUAUGAGGUUCUUCUUCAACAGUGACAGCAUAGAGCUGGUCAUGGCUGGAGCCGGGGCGCUGGUCUUCUGCGGCUUCAUCAUCUAUGACACCAGCCUGCUGAUGAAGCAGCUCUCCCCUGAGGAGCACAUCCUGGCCUCCAUCAACCUCUACCUGGACAUUGUCAACCUCUUCCUGCAUAUCCUGCGUGUCCUCGACUCUAUGAAGAAGCACUGAAAACUGCAGUACCACUUCAAACUGCUUUACUUAGUUGUAACAGCUUGUUGUUGAUCCAACAGCUUUACUGGAAACCCACAGGUAUGCCUGUGCUGUGAUUACCCUGUGUUUAUGUGAGUGUUACUGUACUGAAGUUCAUCAAAUGUGAGACUUCAGGGAGGUAUCUUAAUAAAUCAAAAAAUCUGUGUGUGCCUGGUGAACUGUCUUUCCAGGCAGCUGGAUUAUGUGCUUCAUUUUAUUUUACCCUUCUACUUCUUGUAACUGACUCUGCCUUUGCAUUAAGUAGAUCUAUAUCAGUGAAGUUGUGUUUUCUUAUGAUCCAAAAUGUACUGAAUCAGCUGUGUGACUUAAAUGUACACUACCAAUAGCGCCCCCAACUGGCCUAAUUGCUGCUCAUCUGUUUUGGUGCAAGAAAGGCUUUCCUUUUUCCAAAGUAUAUUUUUCAGUACAGCAGAAUGUCUCAGCAGACUUUCAGAUCUAUAAUUCCACUAAUUUAUUGUUGAAUGUACUACUGCACCCCUCAUAUGGUCCACACCUGUUAAUGCUUUACAGUACAAUACAAGAAGAUUAUACAUUGUAUGUUGGUAGUGUAAAUGUGCACAGUGUUUGGAAUCAGAAGCUAAAACUCUUCUGAACUUGGUGAAGAUUUAAAUCUAAAUGUUUUGGAUAAAUAGUAGGUGAUAUAUCUUAUGGAGUUUCAAGCAUUGAAACUCCAUAA